CCCUUGACUUGACCUACUAAACUCAGCUGAAUCGAGAAGAGAAUGGAUAGAUCUGUCUUGUAGAAGAGGUUGUUGCCUAUUUUGAUAUGGGUUUACACAGAAUUAGUCAGCUGUCAUGUUUCUGUAGAAGUGUUUAUAGAAAACGAGAUGUGUUGAAAAUUGGUUUCAUGUCCGAAAAGAUGGCAGCAAGCAAUGUUCGGUUUUCUAGCUCUCUUAUAAGAAAUAAUGCCUAUAUUAAUGGCGAGUGGGUGGAUUCCGAGUCAGGAAACACAUUUGAAGUGUACAAUCCGUCAACUCAGAAAUUAAUUGGAGAGGUUCCUGAUAUGAGAGAAACAGAUGUUCAGUCGGCCAUAGAGACAGCUUAUAAAACAUUCUAUACGUGGAGAGAUGUCACUGCUAAGGAACGAAGUCGAAUUUUAAGAAACUGGUAUAAUUUAUGUGUCAAGCAUAAGGACGACCUGGCUAAAAUAAUUACCAUUGAAAAUGGCAAACCUUUAUCUGACGCUAGAAAUGAAGUGAAUUAUGGGAAUGAUUUUAUUGCUUGGUAUUCAGAGGAAGCGAGGAGAAUAUAUGGUGAUAUUGUAUCGUCUCCCGAUCCUUCUAAACGUAUAUUGUUGAUGAAACAACCAAUAGGUGUAGCUGGAAUGAUUACACCAUGGAAUUUUCCUAAUGCUAUGAUAACUCGUAAAGCUGCAGCAGCAAUAGCAGCUGGUUGUACUGUUGUAUUGAGGCCAUCAGAAGAUACUCCGUUCUCAGCUCUAGCACUCUGUCAGCUGGCAGAAGAAGCUGGUAUACCUCCAGGAGUCUUGAAUGUUGUGACAUCAUCAAGAGACCAUGCUGGACCAAUAGGAAAGAUCUUGUGUGAAAGUCCAUUGGUGUCAAUUAUAUCUUUCACAGGAUCCACAGCAGUAGGAAAAAUUCUUCAAAAACAAUGUGCUUCAUCGAUGAAGAAAACAUCAAUGGAAUUAGGAGGAAAUGCACCAUUAAUUAUUUUUGACAGUGCUAAUGUUGAUUUAGCUAUUAAAGGUACAAUGGGAGCCAAAUUUAGAUGUGGUGGCCAGACAUGUGUUUGUCCUAAUCGUGUAUUGGUACAAUCUGGUGUAUAUGAUGAAUAUGUUGAAAAAUUAACAGAAAAGGUUAAAGAAGAAAUGGUUGUUGGUGAUGGUCUAGAUGAGGAAACAACACUAGGUCCAUUAAUAAACACAAGAGCUGUUGCUAAGGUGAAGUCAUUAGUAGAGGAUGCUAAAAGUAAAGGCGCCACAAUAACAACGGGAGGAGAGCCGUCUGAUCAAGGUAGCCAUUUUUAUCAAGCUACAGUAAUAUCAGAUGUUACUAAUGACAUGAGAUGUGUUCAAGAAGAAAUAUUUGGACCAGUAGCGCCUAUAAUGAAAUUUGAAACUGAAGAAGAAGCAAUAGCUAUAGCAAAUACCACUACCUCAGGUUUAGCAGGAUAUUUUUACUCAGAAAAUAUAAGUCAAGUCUGGCGAAUGGCUGAACAAUUAGAAUAUGGCAUAGUUGGAGUAAACGAAACUCUAAUGUCCACUGUGGAGGCAUGUUUUGGCGGUUGGAAGGAAUCUGGUUUGGGAAGAGAGGGUAGUAAAUAUGGAAUCGAGGAAUAUUUAGAGGUUAAAUAUGUAUGUAUGGGCGGACUUAAAAAGAGUGAGGGAGCUAAUAAGCCUGGGUCCAUUAUAAACCAGGUGUUACCUGAUGAUGAUGUGUUGAAGAACUAUAUCCCAUUAGAUAAUUGAUUGAUAAUUAUUGAUUGAUAAUUAUUGAUUGAUAAUUAUUGAUUGAUAACUCUUGAUUGAUAAUUAUUGAUUGAUAAUUAUUGAUUGAUAAGUAUUGAUUGAUAAUUAUUGAUUGAUAAUUAUUGAUUGAUAAUUGAUUGAUAGAUCAAUAUACUGAUGAUUUCUAUUGACCUACAUUGGAUAAAUAAUUGAUAAUUGAACUGGUUAAUCGGAAGGACCAGAGUUUUCUAUUGAUUUGACAAUAAAUAAUGGCCAGGUUCCAUUUGUGAUUGAAGAUAUUGAUAAUGUUAUUGUGAUGAUUUAUUGGUUCCUUGAUGAUUUAACUGAUAAUCGUUUUGUAAUUAAUGAAGGAAGUGAUUUUGUAUUAUAAUUUUUAAUGUGAAAGAGGAAUGGAAUGGGGGCUGGGGUAAAAUGUCUCGUUGACAUAAAACUUUGUUCAUUUUGAGACUAACAUAAAGUAAUUUUGCUUCUGUGGUUAUUGUCGAGCCAGCAGUUUUUUCAUCUACUCUAGUUUUUUGUCCCAUCUGAAUGACUAGACAUGGGUAAAGAGAGAGAGAGGGGCAAGGUUUAAAUGUCAACACGACACAAACUAGGUCAUUUGGGACUAACAUAUGGUUCAAUUUUAUUUCAAUAAUUCACUUGCACAGGGAUCUUUAGCAGUGGAAGGAAACCACAUGGGUAAAGGCGACAGCGACUGGAAUGCAGCUUAAGAAGUAAUACAAGAUAUGGAAUUGAUAAAAACUUUACUGAAUGUGAACUGAAAGAUUAUAUUUUUUACUUGUUAUUAUUGGGGUAAAUGAUGGGAUUAUUUGCCACUGGGUAGCACGCUGGAAUUCAUGUCAUUGAUAGUAAUGGUCUGUCAUAGAUUGUAAUGGUCGUACUGCAUAUUGAUUAUACUAUUUGAAUACUUUACGUCAUUCAACUAAAAAGAUCUUUUUCGUCCAAUUCAAAUGACUAGAACUAAAUGAUGUUCCUUGCCAGGACCUCUGUCCUUCGCCACUGAAAUCUAAUCUAAACCAAUACCAGCAUCAAAACCAGGACCUCUGGGUUAGCGCGCCACAUCUUACUCACUGAUCCACCACAGCUCUGAACACUAAAGAGAGUUAUGUAUUAAUUUUAUAAUUAAUAUUUUAGAAAAUAUAUGUGAUGUCCACGGACUCUGUUUUAUUUGCCCAAUGAAAUUAUGUAUGGCUAUUUAAUUCCAUUGUCAUUUCUUGAUUGUUUAGGUUUUUGCUCUUGGAUUAUUGUAUAUUUCUUUAUUCAUAUUUGUAAAUUUUAUCUGAAGUAAAAUAUACCAGUAAUUUGACUGGCAGUGUUAGACAAAUUCUUUAUAAUAUUCCUACCUUUACAACUAUUUAUAAUUGUUAAUUUCUUUGUUAGUUUUAUAAAUAUUUCAGACAUCUCAAACUAUUUUAGCUUUUAAUCAAAUUUUAUUUAAUUGUUUUGAAUUUAAAAUGUGUAUUGUUUUGUAUUGAGAUCAGCUUUUUCAUUGAUGGUUUAACAUUUUAUUUAAGAUGAUUUAUAAGAAAUGUAGUUAUUCAUGGCCAUUUUCAGAAUGAUUUUUAUGAUAAGAAACCAAGAAUUAGAUUUAUGUAAUUUAUGCAGACUUAACUGAUUUGGCCUAUGUAAUUUACUCAGACUUGACUAGUUUAUGUAAUUUUACUCAGACUUAACUGGUUUAUAUAAUUUACUCAGACUUGACUGGUUUAUGUAAUUUACUCAGACUUGACUGGUUUAUAUAAUUUACUCAGACUUGACUAGUUUAUGUAAUUUUACUCAGACUUGACUGGUUUAUAUAAUUUACUCGAACUUGACUGGUUCAUAUAAGUUACUAGAAACAUUAAAUUAUUUAUGAGUACCGGUACAUGUAAUUAAAGAUAUAAAUAUUUAUUCCACUAUUAACUUGAUUGAAAUUUUUCCUGUGUGGAGUUCUUCAUCACAAUGUGCUUAUAGUCGAUAAGCACCUGCGAUGUCAAAGUUUUGACUGGAAUCUAUGCCUGGUAGCUUGGUUCGUUUUUCUUAGGGUUUUACUGAAACCACAUCAUUUAUAUGUUUGUUUUCAUAUUUUAUGAAACACUUGACCUAUCUGCGUUUGUAAUCUAAUUAUAUGACCCAGGUUGAUUCAGUGAAAUGGGGUUUACAGUCCUACUGUUCUGCUCCGACUGGGCUAAUGAAGACAGGGCAUGCGCCAUACAGUGUGCUAUGAGGGAAAUUUUGCCCAGACAGCAGCACUAUGGCCUGCUCUUAUACUGAAUUCCAACUGCCAAGGGAUCUUUUACGUGCAAGCCAAUGUGUACACGGGACCUCUUUGGGUUUUUUUGUCCCAUUCGAAUGACUAGACAGCUGUCCUUGUCAGGCCCUCCGUCCUGCACCACUGACAAGGGGAAACAAUGAGGAACAAUCCCAAUGAACUUUCUCGGCCAAUACAGGGAUCAAACACAUGGCCUCCAGACUAUAGUGAGCCAGCAUCUUACCCAUUUUGCCACCAUAGCUCUCUUGAAGUUUAAGUUAUACUCAUAACAACUAUUAGAAAAAAAAAAUUCAAAUCUAAAUGGCAUCUGCAUCUCAAAUCAAAUCUGGGGUCAGCAUAAAAAUAUGAAGUCAGGCUGCAUGAACUGUAGGCUACAAUUAAGAAAACUGUAACUCUUAGCAAAGUACA